CCGGCGGUUCUGCAGUAAUUCCCUUCUUCUCGAUCAGUCACGUGCAGUCGAAUGCUGUUGCAGCUUCUUCUGUGCAUGGUCAUGGUCAUGUAGUCGUAUUGGUCUCGCUUAUCUGCUGGACAUAUGCAGUAGUCUGGGUACCAACAGCACGUUGUUUUGUUCCCCCGCUGCACCUGCUCCGUUGUCCGAAACAGACCAAUGCUAAACCUAUGCGGCCCAGCGUCUGUUCAUAAGAUGGCUCAGUUAGAGCGGGAAGCAGUCGCUUUCGGAGACUUGGAUCAAACAUUUUCUCUUUGAAUUGAAGACGAGCUUUUUUUGUUGAACUAGAAGGUCUCUGGUGCAGUGGUAGAACGCCAAAGUUGGACUAGGAUUUGGAAGAGAGCGAGUCAAGCUAGCGAUGUGUGAGCAAGGGACAAUGUUCAGUCAUAGGCGAUGGAGUCAUGGCUUCCGGAGUUUCCGUUCUGAACUUCUAGAUUUUGUUGUUUCGCUACUACUGCUCCUGUUAUGUUUAUCCGUGCACAAUGGAUGUUCGGCGAGUCCGAUUCAAAUCGAGAACACAGAUUGGCAGAGCCAUGACCUCUACAGCCGCAGAGUACAUGACAACUGCCCGGAUCAGCCCAGCUACUGUCCGCCACGUCAAGCAAAUGUCACCGUGCACAGGAUCAACGAGACAGCGGUGCGAUUAAUGUGGAUAUACGUGCCCGGAGCCAGUCCACUGCAGAUCGGAGUUGUCGCUAACAUUGAACUAAGACUCACAAGCAUAUACGAAGGUGCCAUAGACAUCGCCAUACCAGCUUCCCGUACUGCGUACACGGUUACAUCUCUCAUACCGGGUGUCAACUAUCGCCUGCAAACAUCUACAUUCAAUAGCAAUGGAGAAACCAUCAGUGAAGACAUACAGCUUGAAUCUCCAGAAUACUUGGAGUCUGAAUGUGUCAGAAUGACAGCUGGUCAGGAGUGUGUUGCAUCCGGUGGUAAUGCCCUGUUCAAAUGUUCAGCAAGAGGAGGUCCACUCUUGGGUGUAGAGUGGCCAGCAGUGCCCAGUGCAGUCAUCCGCCAGCAGCCAGUCACAGGUGGUCAGAACCUGUAUAUUGACAUACGCAACGUUAGCAUUGCCGAUAAUGGUCGUACGUACUGUUUGACAUCGACAACUCCAAACAAACGACAGCGAGCAUGCUUCACGCUGUGUGUAAGAGAACGCAUUCAGAUCAGCUGCCGGAAAACCAGACCCUGCGCUCGUCGUCAUGACUACCACCAAUCGCUUACACUCAGCUGCACAGUGAGCGGACAACCUACACCCAAUGUCACGUGGCGUUUCAACGGGCGGGUGAUCACCAGCAGAGAGUCACGUGGCAAUGAGUGGCACCUGCUGAACACAAGACCGGGACGUCUAACACAGCUGGACGGUGACUUCACACCGCAAUCUCCCGUCGUUCAGCACCGCCUGAGGACGGAGUUGACGCAUCAUGACUAUCACACAGGAACAGUGCUAGUGUCUGCAAACAAUGGAUUUGAAAAAGCCAAGGUCGUACAGGACAUCAUCAUCACGUGGAACCCAAGUGAGAUGGUACAGGUAGUGAAGAUGACGCCUACAAUAGAACUGGAUGACCCGUUCCACAUCCGUUGCAAGAGCUUCAUAGGCCUGUCGGAUCAGCACUUUUCCUGGUAUUUCACACCGGCUGGAUCGAAAACCAAGACGAGAAUUAAUCCCGGGCAGAAUGGAGCUCUGAUAGGCAACUCAGCUGUAGUCAGUAACUUACACAUCAGAGCAGCUAACACCUCUCAUUCCGGUGUCUACGAGUGUCUUGUCAAGAAUCGCUACGGAUGCUCCGAGUCGAGCUUUACGCGUGUCAAGGUUAAAGCCAGUCUACUGACCCGCCUGAAUGUCAGUGACAGUUUUGUGUUCAAUGAGCUACAUCGUCCAGCCACAGUGUCAUGCAUGGUAACUGCCGCCAUCAAGAACCAGCCGCUGACCGUACACUGGUACCUGAACUCUAAAGACAUUCACUCGGCAAUGCCAGCACACAGCCUUUCGAGGCCGCCGCCAGUAGUACACAUGACAUCAUGGCGAGCACAGCUGGUGCCUAGCUAUGUCCUGGGCAAUCAGUAUCGCUAUGACGUCACCACAAACAACCUCAGCAUCAGCGACCUGGGAGAACUGCGCUGCGUCGCGACAUUGGAGAACAAAAGACACGAAUCCAGUACCACUUUACUAGCUAGAGGUGUGGUAGUUGUUGUCACGGAUUCGCGGCGAGCAAUCAAAGUGAAGCGAAACGAUCGGGUACAGGUCUCCUGCACAGUGUUCAGCAAUCUAUCGGAGUACAGGGAAAGUGACGUGCACCAGUCAUUCAGGAAUGACGUACUCCAGUCUGGCUGGCUGGUCAGGACCAAGACACAGCGAGUGCCACAGCCCGUCGGAGGACGGACGGACAUGGAAGUUCGUAACGAGUCGCGGUCCCUGGGAGCAGGCGUUCAUAUGAAGAAAAUCACCAUGACGAUAAGACGAUUUCAAGCAUCGCAUGAAGGACUGUACAUGUGUCGCGCCCCAGCAGAGGCUAAGCGUCGACUUCAUAAUGGUUCACGCAUGCAAGCUGUUGUCAGGUUGAAGCUGGACAACCCAGUUGCCAACCCACCGGCUCAGCUGAUCAUGUUCACAUAGCUUCUGUCUCAGCUCCUGACAUGUGUGACUUGUGUGAUCAAUCCACCAGUCCACUUCCACCAUCUCCAUAUUGAGAAGCUACUAUGUCUUAUCAGUCGAUCCUCCAUGCCAUGUCCGAGCACUACUGACCUCUGCAAAGGCUGUUGAUGCCAUUGGAACACCCACCGUACACUGAGUUUUGCCGAUUUGAUUCUAAAAGGCUCUGCAAGAACUGUUCAUCACCAAAUCUAACCCGCAGUUUUAUUCCCCAAACAUCACCGUGAUUGCCCACAUUAUUUGCCAUCACACCAAUUAUUUCAGCACUUUCUCUUCUUGAAACAAAUUAAUUAAUUAAUUCUAAGACUCAUGAUUACUUUGAAGUACAUGAAUUGAAUACGUUUAUCCCAAAGGAUUCAAUACCGCCUUCUAUUAUGAUUGUUACUGCCGCUAGUCUCCUGGGUGAUGUGUGAAUGCUCACUAGAGCAUUCUCAUUAAACAUUUAAUAUUUUUUUUAAAUAAAUCACUUUCAGUUACUUUCUACGUACAUUCCCACAUUGCCCUCUUGUGUUUAGCACAAACUUGAGACUUCUACUAGAAACGAUUCCGUAGAUCCACAAUCCGCACUAACUUCGAGGUACUAUUUUCAAAACACAGAAUUUUCUUUUCGAAAUCCAAGCAUUCAUAGCCACUUUUAGAUGAGAGAAGUUCUACAUUCUCUAAACGGUUCAGUUUUUGUUCAACAAUCCAUCCUAAGGAACUGA